AUGGACGUGUCGGGGCACAGCCUCUUCCUCCUGCAGCAGCUCAAUGUCCAAAGGGAGUUUGGGUUUCUGUGUGACUGCACUGUUGCAAUCGGCAAUGUGUAUUUCAAAGCCCAUCGAGCUGUACUGGCUGCCUUCUCCAACUACUUCAAGAUGAUCUUCAUCCAUCAGUCCAGCGAGUGUAUAAAGAUCCAGCCCACAGACAUCCAGCCAGAUGUAUUCAGCUACCUGCUGCACAUUAUGUACACAGGCAACGGCCCCAAACAGCCUGUGGAUCAUAGUAGGCUGCAAGAAGGCAUCAAGUUCCUCCAUGCCUAUCAACUGUGUCACAAGGUGGGCGAAGGCGGUACCGACAACCCCUCCGAUGCCAUCCGUUUAUCCAACCUUUACGGCAUCCAGAUCUCCUCCCAGCUGAGCACUAAAGAGUCACCAGGCUUAAAGGCUGGUGGGCCAGGGGAGCCCGAGGGCAGUCGAUGCACAUCACGUACCGGUCCACCUCCAGCUUUAGGGCUCGAACUUCAUCCAGCAGAGCGCCAGUCUCUCAGCCUCCGUGCCGUGUCCUCGGGGGACGAGUGUGACAUCUUGGCGCGGAUCAAACAGGAAAAGGAGGAGCCCGAAGAGGAUGAGGAGUCCCGAGCUCCCGCUUCCCUGCCCUCAACGCAGGGUAGUCCGUGCCAGGCGAGAGGCUUUAAGGAUGGCAAUCUUGCACUACUUUGCCCUCAAUGUGGGGAGCGGUGUCUCUCACCAGAGGGACUACAGGAACAUCUUUUUACCCACGCAGCAUGUGCCCUAAUGGAGGGACCGUCUGAGGACAGCCGAGGGGACGUAAAAGGGACAGACGAGCUGAUGUUGGAGCUCAGGCGGGGCACAACGAGCACGGCAGGGAGCACAGACAGUCCCCCAGCAGGCAUUACCCGUAAAAGAAAGAUGGCCUGUGCCGUUUGCAACUUGCAUUUUUCACAGAAAAGCCAGCUGCAGGAGCACAUGUUUGCCCACGUGGGUAAGUCUUUGCGGCAGCAUCGAUACGGGCGCUUUGCCGGCUCGCUGCUUCAUGUCGGUGACGGGACAUCAGAGAUCGAGGACAUUGCCCGGGAAGCUCAGGAUAACGGCAGCUCCUGCUACUCGUUGGACUCGGAGAUUUCCCAGGAGAGUGUAGACGGUGUGGCGGCGGAAUGA